CAACGCUUAUAAGGCGAAUAACAUUAUCCUGCAGUGCCUUUCCCCAGUCAUUUGGUUCCGAAUUCUGAGCGCUGGAUAUUGCAUUUGUUGUGAUUUCCAACUUAUCAACGACCCGUCUGUAUCCUCAAAAUGGAUGUGGAGCUUUAUGUUUACGACCUGUCCCAGGGACUGGCUCGGAUGUACUCGCUGGCCUUGACGGGCACGCAGAUGGACGCCGUCUACCACACAUCUCUAGUGUUCAACAAUGUCGAAUACUACUUUGGACAAGGCAUUCAGACAGCCCGGCCUGGCAGUACACAUCAUGGGCAGCCUAUGGAGAAGAUCCAUAUGGGGAAGACCGAGUUGCCAUUCGAAGUGAUAGAGGAGUAUCUGCAGUCGCUUAACUCGAUCUAUACGCCAGAGUCCUACGACCUCUUCCUGCACAACUGCAACAACUUCACCCAGGACCUCGCCAUGUUCCUGCUCGGAAAGAGUAUCCCGGAGCAUAUCCGGAACCUACCCCAGACGUUUCUCAACACGCCUUUUGGCCAGAUGUUGAAGCCCCAGAUUGAGGGUGCCUUGCGUGGCGUGACACAAGCCCCAGGCCCUGGACUGACACAGCCGUCUGCCGUACGGCCCGCCGUUCAGCCUCCUCAGAACAAGGUCCAUAUAGUGACCAGCCUGAGCGAGCUCGACGCACGCAUGUCCUUGGCAGCAAAGUCGUGUGCGGUCAUCUUCUUUACAUCGGCGACGUGUCCGCCUUGCAAGAUGAUGUAUCCGCUGUAUGAUGAGCUCGCGCAAGAGGCUGGUCCUAGGGCCGUCCUUAUCAAAGUCGAUGUCAGCAUCGCCCGCGACGUAGGGAUGCGCUACAGAAUUAGAUCAACGCCGACGUUCAUGACGUUCCUACGGGGCGAGAAGCUCGAUCAGUGGAGCGGCGCGGACGCCGGAAAACUACGAGGAAACGUCCGACUACUCGUCGACAUGGCCCAUCCCACGCACCCGCACCGCCAGCUGAACCUCCCCAGCUUCCAGCGCACCCUCACCAACUACGUCAUGUACAAGAAGACCCCUCCCUUGGAGAAGCUCGUCCAGAAGCUCCAGCCGCAUGAUAAGGAUGCUAUCCUCCUCGCGAUAAUCGACUUUAUCAAGCGUCGCAGCGACUCCAAGGUUGCUGCCGACAUACCGUUACCCAAGGAACUACCCGCCUUCCCAUCCUACCUUGAACAAACCUACCACUCCAUCCCACUCGAGAAUCGCUUUGCCCUCGUCGACCUGGCGCGCCUCCUCUUCAUCGAUCCUCGAGUCGCCAGCUACUUUGCCGAAGACCGCACUCACAAAUCCCUCCUCACCCUUCUUACACCAGAAUCCAACGGCGACACAACCCUCCCUUACAACCUCCGCAUCGUCACCCUCCAACUCGCCUGCAACCUUUUCAGCACACCACUCUACACAGAACACCUCUCCUCAAACGGCAGCACCCUCCUCAAAGCCCUCCUCCACCUCCUACCCCCAUCCCUCCUAGACACGCACAACAACCUGCGCGUCGUCGCCGCCUCACUAGCAUACAACCUCUCCGCCCUAAACCACAACGCGCGCUUCGACGGGUCGGGCACGGAGCCCCUCACGGAAGAAGAACAGGUCGAGCUAACAGCCUCGGUGGCCGAAGCAAUCAACCAGGAGUCAGCGAGCGCCGAGGCCCUGCACGGGCUGCUCUUUGCGCUGGGCCUGCUUGUGUACGAGGCGCCGAGUGACGGGGCGGUCCUGGAUCUUUGUCGUGCGCUGGGUGUGAAAGAGGUUGUGCAGGGGAAGGCUGGUGUUGAGGGUGUAGAGAAGAGUUCGGGGGCGCUGGUCAAAGAGGUGGGGAUGUUGUUGGAGAGGGGGUUGUAAAGAUUUACCGUUUCGACUCCGUUGGCUGGACUGGAGGGGGUGGUUAGAGUGGUGGCUUUCUUUCUUUCUUUCUCUCGUUCGUCUUUCAUCAUGCGCUUCUUUCUGUUUCUCGAAACGGGAAUCUUAGACAAGAGACAGGACAGAAGAAGGGGUUCCGUACUUUGUAUAUUGUCCGUUGUCCGUCUCGCCGCCUCAACUCAAAUAUCAACUGCACAAGUCGAUCAAGUCAUCUAUCAGAGACUCAAACCGACAACGUUCAUCAACUUCAUUAUCAAAGAACGAAGCCAGAAGGAUCUACCUCGCGCCUCGUCAAUCCUAAUAUUAAGCCGCAGCGCCGCAGCCCAAGUUGAAGAUCAAAGAAACAACGGGCGUACAUGAUGUGAUCUGCCAUUUGAUCUGAUCAAUGACAAUGAUGAUCGAUGUUGGCGGUGGUUGGCGUCGCCCCUCAGUCCUUUGUUCGAGUCCAUAAGCCAUAAGCCACCAACCGGCCUCUGGACGCCGGGUACGAGUUGUCCCCCUCGACUAAACCGCAAUAGUACACCAAUCUCAAAACUCAAGCUUGAGGCUGCUAGAUACCCUAGGCUAGGCCAUUGUCGCGUAUAUACCGGCUGUUAUUGGGGGAAAGAUGUUACCCAUCCAAGUGAUUUCAGUCUCUGUCACGUCACCCCAGUCGGUGUCGGUGUCAAUAGUACGGAGUACUGUCAUAUCUAUGGGUUAGGUAGAUAGGUAGCGACGGAUUAAUUGGUUUGUAGUUAGUGAGUGACACGAUAGGUUACGAUCCAACAAACACUCGUUAGGCAUCAUCUCGAGACGAGCCUCAAGACCAAAGAAACUCCUUUAGUGGUAGUGACUGACAACGAACUGAGUGACGGGAACCAAAAGGAACAGCAACGGCAGG